AUGGAGAGCCCUUGGGGAAUUUGUGUGUGUUUGUACUGCUGCCUACUCUGGCUCUCUGCGGGCACGCAGCGCUCCCCCAGCUCCAGGGGCCGGGGGAGCUCUGAGAAGGCCCCGGGGUUUUCUGCAGCUCCUGAGGACGCUGCCAGCGAGCUCAGCGCGGUUCUGCAGCUGCCCAAAGGUGGRGCACCAGGCCUUGCCCUCCUGCCCCCCGUGCUCAAGGUGCUGUCCAGCCGCAGCCCCCGGGGCUGGCACAGCGAAGCACCGCGGCUGCGGCCCGACUCCAGGGCCCUUCGGUACAUGAAGAGGCUGUACAGGAUGUCUGCCACCAGGGAGGGCAUCCCCAAGGCGCACCGAGGCCGCCUCUAYAACACGGUCCGGCUCUUCACUCCGUGCUGGGAAUGCGAGCCCCGCCGCGGGGGCCUGGGGAAAGGAGAUGUUCACUCGGUGGAUUUACUCUUCAACUUGGAUCACGUUACUGCUCUGGAGCACUUAAUCAAGUCUGUCUUGCUCUACUCCUUUGACACAUCUGUCCCCAUUUCCUCUUCCAUUACCUGCAUAUGCCAUUUAUCCCUUAAGGAACAUGAUUUUUCCAACCAAGUUUGCCCCAGCAUUUCCCACUCUCUGACUUCUAGUCUGCACUUAAAUGUUAGGAAACGCAAAUGGGUGGAGAUGGAUGUGACUUCUUUCCUCCAGCCUCUUAUUGCUAUGAACAGGAGGAACGUCCAUAUGGCUCUGAACUUCACUUGUCUGAGGGGUGGCCCACAAGGGAGCACAAAACUGGAGAACGCUGUUAAUGUGACACUGGUUCCCCCUUUCCUUCUGUUGUAUCUGAAUGACACCAGUGAGCAAGCUUAUCACCGGGGAAACUCACUCRGGGAUGGGAGGCAGAGCCCAGCACGGGCCAAGCAAAGGAGCAGCCGGCUUGUGGAUCCUACAAAAGGUGAUAGAGGACAAGGCAAUUCCCAGGGUAAAAGGGCCUCUCGCCAGCGAAGGAAUGAGAAUCUGAAAGCACCAGCCACUUCACCUCAUAAUUUGAGUGAGCAUUUGAGGCAGUUUGUGUUCCCUCAGCACGAGUGCAGGCUGCACAAUUUCCGGCUGAGCUUCAGCCAGCUGCGCUGGGACCGUUGGAUCAUCGCCCCGCACAGGUACAGCCCUCAGUUCUGCCAGGGGGACUGUCCCCGUGCCCUGGGCCACCGCUACGGCUCCCCUGUGCACACCAUGGUGCAGACCCUCAUCUACGAGCGCCUGGACCCCUUGGUGCCCAGGCCCUCGUGUGUGCCAGCCGAGUACAGCCCGCUCAGCGUGCUGACCAUCGAGCCCGACGGCUCCAUCGCCUACAAGGAGUAYGAGGACAUGAUCGCCACCAAGUGCACCUGCCGCUAAUGGGACUGUGCUUUGCUGCACCUUGGCAUGGGUUUGCAUUCCCAAAUCUGUGCUCUCAAAUACAGGUUUUAUUUUUGCACUCUCAAGAUCUGUAGCUACAAUUGACUGAGCAGYGUUGCUGUAACUCCAGGAGCUGGGAUGUAGCACGGAGUUAGUAGAAGGGGUUCACAUCAGUGAUUUUUUGUAUGUACACUUAAAUGUAAAUAGUGUCUUUUUGUUGGGAGAAUUUUGCAUUUAAA